AUGUCGAUGAAACUCAGAGACAUUUUGCCAGCUCCUGUGGCCGGAGAUGAGGCGGCGUCGCAAAUUCGUCGAGAUCCAUGGUUUGGUGGAAGAGGAGAGGAGUCUUCAAAUGCACUUGUUUCAAAAGAACCACCUCCGUAUGGAAAGAGAGCUAGUUUUCGGCCGCGAGGUCAAGAGGAUUUUGGAGAUGGUGGAGCUUUUCCCGAAGUCCAUGUCGCUCAAUUUCCUUUGGGUUUGGGUCUCGGAGACAUGAAAGGAAAGCCAGAAAAUACACUUGCAUUGCAAUACGGAACAGAUGGUAAAUUGCAACACGAUGCGAUCGCUCGAAUCGGUCAUGCCAAGGAUAAGAUAGUCUACUCUAAGCUGAAUGAUAUGAAAGCAAAAACAUGGAAUGAAGACGAUGAUGAUAUUCAGAAGCCAGAUGACGAUGCAGUUAUCGAUGCUACAGAGAAAACGAGAUUGGCCUUGGAAAAGAUUGUGAACUCUAAAGUAGCAUCUGCACUUCCCGUUCGACAUGCUGAGAAGCUCGCACCAGCUCAAUAUAUCAGAUACACGCCAAGUCAGCAGAAUGGAGCUGCUGGGUCACAACAGCGUAUCAUCAGAAUGGUCGAAGAGCAGAAAGAUCCGAUGGAGCCUCCGAAGUUCAAAAUAAAUCAAAAGAUUCCAAGAGCACCACCAUCACCUCCCGCGCCUGUUAUGCAUUCUCCACCAAGAAAGAUGACUACGAAAGAUCAGAACGAUUGGAAAAUUCCUCCUUGUAUUUCGAACUGGAAAAAUCCAAAAGGAUUCACUGUUGGGUUGGACAAAAGAUUGGCCGCAGACGGUCGUGGUCUCCAACAGACUCACAUCAAUGAGAAUUUCGCCAAACUCUCUGAUGCACUUAAUAUUGCCGGAAGAAAAGCUCGUGAAGAAGUUGAAACUCGUGCUCAACUUGAAAGACGUGUGGCACAGAACAAGAAGGCUGAACAGGAAGAGAAAAUGGCCGAAGCAGCUGCUAAAGCUCGUCAAGAACGAUCGGCAAUCCGGAGAAAGGAUGAUGAAGAUGACGAACAAGUCAAAGUUCGCGAAGAAAUUCGACGAGACCGUAUCGAUGACAUUCGUAAAGAACGCAAUAUUGCUCGUUCUCGACCCGAUAAGGCAGACAAGCUUCGUAAAGAACGCGAGAGAGAUAUCUCUGAGAAAAUUGUGCUCGGAUUACCCGACACCAACCAAAAGCGUACCGGUGAACCACAAUUCGAUCAGAGAUUGUUUGAUAAGACAAAGGGUCUCGACAGUGGAGCAAUGGAUGAUGACACGUAUAAUCCAUACGAUCAAGCCUGGCGUGGAGGAGACAAUGUUCAGCAACAUGUUUAUCGGCCGAGCAAAAACAUCGACAAGGACGUUUAUGGCGACGAUUUGGACAAGAUCAUGAGCCAGAAGCGGUUUGUUGCUGACAAAGGAUUCUCAGGAGCUGAGGGAUCAAGUCGUGGAGCAGGACCUGUUCAGUUCGAAAAGGACCAGGACGUCUUCGGAUUGUCAUCACUCUUCGACAACACCAAGGAGAAGAAGCGAGGAGGAGAUGGAGGUGAUUCCCGAGACGACUCGAAGAGAUCUCGACGCGAUUGA